UUGUCCAUUGAGAAAUCUGAUGGUGAAGGAUAAGGAGCUGUUCCUAAAACGUUAAAUGUGUGUCUUCACAGAUGUGGUGCUGACAGCGCAACGCAUCUGUAGUUGUGAACUACAGAUUCAGGACAUUUACAAGGACAGGACAAUGUCCAGUAAAGAAAUAAAAUCCACUUUGAAAAAUGCAAGAGAAGCUAUUAGAAAUAAAGAGUAUAAGGAGGCACUAAAACAUUGCAAGGCCGUUUUGAAACAAGACAAAAAUAACUACAAUGCUUGGGUUUUUAUCGGAGUUGCUGCAACAGAGCUAGAUCAGCCCGAGCAAGCAAAGACUGCAUAUAAAAAAGCUACAGAACUUGAGCCUGACCAACCGUUAGCAUGGCAGGGUUUACAGAAUUUGUGUGAGAAAAAUAAUACAUCUGAUAACAGACAUGAGCUCUUCAGAGUUUAUCAGAAGUUAAUAGAACUGUUUGAAAGUUCUGAUAAACAAAAAUGGCAUGAGGUCAGCUUAAAAUUAAUCGAUCUCUAUCAUCAAGAGAAAAAAUACUCAGAGGCUGCUAAAACAUGGAAUCGAUUAAUACAGCUAAAACAACAAGAUGGAGCUGAGAAGCAAGAACUUCAUCAAUUGUGGAGGAAGAUGAUCCAGUUACUUGUUGGCAAUAUAGAGAGUCAAGAUAGCGAGACUCAACAAUUGUUGAUAACUGCUUUUGAAAAUGCCCUUUCAUCUCUGGACAAGAUUCCGAGUGACAAUCAUCAGCAGCUUUCUACUGACUACAUUAAAUUUCUAACAACAUUGCCACAUGGAGGAAAUAAGCUAAAACGAACUUGUGAGGUAUUGAUAGCUCAGUAUCCUAAUUCAUCAUCUUCACUGGAAGUACUUUGCAUGUAUUUCAUCCAAACAGAGUGCUUCAGUGAAGAGGCUCUGCAGUGUUAUACAAGGCUCAGUGAGAUGGAACCUUCAAAUGGACUCGGGCGUAUUGGGCUUGGGAUCAAAGCAAUGCAAGAGCAAAAAUAUGAAGAAGCUGCUAAAAACCUGAGCGAAGGCUUAAAGCAUGCACGGUCGACAAUUGUAGCGUGGCUUUAUCUAGCAGAAAUCCAGCUCCGGAUGCACAAGUAUGAAGAAGCAAUUGACUCUUGCAGCCAAGGUCUGAGAUGGUUGGAAAAGAUUAUCCAUAAUGGUAACAGUCAUCAAAAACCCAAACUUCUUCAUUUGCAAGUAGAAGCUCUGGUCAAGUCUGGUGACCCAAAUCAUGCAGAUCACGCCCUUGGCAUCUUUGAGCAGUUUCCCAAUAACGAACCUGUGCUACUUGGCAUGAAAGGUCAAGCUUAUUUGAACAAGGGUCUGAUGGAAGAAGCAUCUCAGAUUUCAACAGAUCUUACUAGAUCUCAUCCUGACAUGUCCGAGUCAUGGGAACUACAAGGACUCAUUGAAUAUACUCAGAAAAAUUAUAUGCAGGCAGAACAAAGUUUCCAGAAAGCUCUGAAAAUCAAAGCAGACUGUGGAGAUUAUUACUUCUAUCUUGGACUGACUUUCUGGUUCAUGGGAGAGGAGACAAGAAAAGAUAAAACUAAAACCGCUACACAUUUAUUAAAGGCGGCUAAGUUGGACCCAUACAAUGGAAAAACCUUUUGCUAUUUGGGCCACUAUUAUCGAGAUGUAGUCAAAGAUAAAAGCAGAGCCCGAGGCUGCUAUAAAAAAGCCUUCGACCUCAACAACUGUGAUGAAGAAGCAGGCGCUGCAGCUGUUGAUCUUAGUGUUGAACUUGAAGAUAUGGAAACUGCUCUUACAGUUCUGAGAAUAGUGACUGAUCAGUCGAGUGCUGGGACCGCAAAAUGGGCUUGGCUCAGACGAGGACUUUAUUAUCUGAGAGUCAACCAGAAUUCCCAAGCUAUUGCAGACUUGCAAGCAGCUUUGAGAGCAGACCCAAAAGAUGCCAAUUGCUGGGAAUGUUUAGGAGAGGCUUAUCUCAGCCGAGGUGGUUAUACAGCUGCUUUAAAAGCCUUCACAAAAGCCAAUGAACUCAAUCCAAAUGCUGUGUACAACAUUUACAAGAUAGCAGCCAUCAAACAGAUCAUUGGCAAGUAUGCUGAUGCAGUCACAGAGUAUAAACAGAUAGUUCAAAAUUUGGAAAACUAUGUGCCAGCCCUCAAAGGAUUAGGUGAAUGCUAUUUAAUGAUGUCCCGAAGUGCCCUCAGCGAUUACUUGGAUGGACGAGCCUUGGAUACAGCUGAACAGGCGCUACGGUACUUAGCUGGAGCUGUGAGGUAUCGACCCGAUGUGUCUUGCCUUUGGAAACUAAUUGGAGACACAUGUACCACACUCCAUGCUCUCUCAGCAGCAAGGCUUCAUGUUCAAGUCCCUUCAGUUCUCUCUGGACAGGGUGAAAUCUCUAAUGUGCAAACAUUAAACAAAAAUGAAGUGCUUCGCCUGGGAGGAAGGUGCUAUGUGCGAGCCCUUACAUUGAAUUCUACAUGUGCCAAUGUGUGGUGUGACCUUGGUGUGAAUUAUUACCGACAGGCACAAUACCUAGCCAGUAUAGGAGAGGAAAAUACAGUGCAUGAGUUGCUGGAAAAAUCACUGCAGUGCCUUAAAAAGUCUGUGAUGAUGAACAGCAAAAGUCAUCAAUACUGGAAUGCACUUGGAGUUGUUGCCAGUCACAAAGGUAUUGAAAAUUAUGCUCUUGCACAGCAUGCAUUUAUUAAAUCUGUUCAGGUUGAACAAAAUAAUGUGGUGGCUUGGACCAACCUAGGGGCAACUUAUCUGAAGAAUGAAAACCUUGAGCUUGCCCAUGAAGCCUUUAAAGUAGCCCAGUCUUUGGAACCCUCGUAUGUUUUGUGCUGGAUUGGACAGGCGCUUAUAGCAGAAGCUGUUGGCAGCUAUGAGACAAUGGACUUGUUUAGACAUACGACUGAGCUUGGUGUCAAUACUGAAGGAGCUAAAGGUUAUGCGCAUUGGGUAUGCACAACACUGCAGGAUAAAUCGAACAGAAAUUCCGAACUGUACAAAUACAACAUUGUACAGAUGAAUGCAAUAACUGCUGCGCAAGUUGUCAUGAGCAAGUAUACAGAGAGAAUUCAGACUGAUCCAGUAGCUUUCACAAUGUUGGGUUACUUAAAUGAGUAUCUAAGCCUGAAGAAACAAGCAGCAGAGGCUUAUCGCAGAGCAGUUGUGCUGUUACAAAAUACAGAAGACAACGAGAAACUUCCAUUCGCUCGAAGAAAUUGGGCUCGAGCAUUAUGUGUUGCUGGUCACUAUCAGGAAUCCAUCCAGGUUUACAAGUCAAAUCCGCUCGUGGAGUUUGAUGACGUUAUUGGACUUGCCUUGGCUUAUUUCAAGAAAGGGCAACUUCAGGAGAGUGCCAAAGCUUAUGAAAAGGCUUUAAGUAUUGUCCACACGGAGAAAAAGAAGGCUCAGAUACUGAUUGCACUGGCCAUGAUUGAGUUCAAAUGCAACAGAAUGGACAACGCUAAGACUUUACUUUUCAAGUGCUCCAUGUUGAAAGAGCCCAGUAUAGAAAGUCUGCAGGCACUGUGUGCUUUGGGACUGUUGAAGAAGGACAGCACCCUAACUACAGCAGCACUGAAUGAACUGCUCAAACACUGUGAUAAGAACAGUUCCACUUACGAAACCUGCCUUCUGUCUUCAGGAAUGUUUUCUUUGCAAGGUAACAGUUUAGCUGUACAGAGACAAGUGGUGAAAGCUGUUCAUAGCAAUCCAGCUGAUCCUGCCCUUUGGACAUUAUUAUCCAGGGUCAUUCCUCAACACACUCCCCAAAAGGCAGAUGGUGGGGUCGUGACAGGUAAUGUCGCACAGAUCCUAAGUUCUCAUCAUUCUAAGAGUGCUGUGUUGUUCAGUGCUGUUAACCAGUUGGCAGCAGGAAAACAUGCUGCAAUUGAUAAAAAGGAUAAUGCUUUAAAGACCAUCCAAAAGGCAAUUCAUCUGUAUCCAGAUGAUCCCACUGUGUGGGCCUGUUUAAUGGCAGCAUGCCACAUGGAGAAAACAUUAUCUCAUUUGAAUGGUACAACACCUAAACUGACUGCAAAUGAGGAGCUGUUCAUUACAGCAAUCUCUACAAAAGUAAAAACAAAUAAAUCCAUGCCAACGUUAUAUCUUCAAUCCCUGGAGAACUGGUCUCUGCAACAAGCUGCAACUGGGCUUAGAGAACUGGGCAGGCAUUGUGACGCUGAAGCCUUCUGCUCUAAGGUACUUAAGAGCCACCCAGACCAUCCUGCAAUGUUCCUCUUGUUGAGACAAGUUCAGUGCGAGCAACUCUUGCUUUCCCCCCAGCAGCUUCCAGAGACAGUUUUAGAAGAGCUAAAGAAGGCAGUGAUGUCAAACUUCACAUCAGUAACAGCUUGGCAUUGGCUGGCAGAAAUAUAUAAAUCUCAGGGUUUAAUGGUAGCUGCGGAGAUGUGCUACAGGCAAGGAUUGCAGCUGUCUUCCCAACAAGGUGAUGUGAGUGGCAAGUUAUCAAGUCUGCUCCGGUUAGCACUGCUCGCACUUCAGCUCAGCACGUUAAAACUUCAGAACAAUCGCUGGACAUCCCUAGUGAAAGAAGCAACCAAUGAAGCUCAGAAGGUCUGCUUCUGCCCUCUGGCUGCUCUGUUUCAAGCUCUUCUGCAAUUUACAAUGAAAAUGGGAGCAAGGGAGACCCGACGGCUGCUGGAGAGAGUAGUGUAUCAGCCAGGUUACUCUGAAAGCAUCGCAUCAGUUGCACGCUGGUACCUCCUCCGACAUCUGUGGGCCAAAAAUGAUGACACACUUAUUACGGUUUUACUUCAGAAUGCAGAACUGAAAGGCGAUGCCAGAGUCGAAGAACUGUACCAGGAGCUUAACAAGUCAUCAUAAGCACUGAAUUGGAACAAAGAUCUGACCAUGAAUGUGUGAACAGUAAACUGUAACACGGGGGCUGUGGCUUUUGGCUGCUAACAUUACUUGGAUGUCUGACUUUCUAACCGCAGUACCUAUGGCUGGCUGGCUUUUUCGGAAGCAAUACCCCUGCCCUUGCUCAGUGCACCUUGGAUAUCUAUGUAAAAAAAAUCAUGUAUCAUUAUCUGGAUCAAUACUUUCUCUUCUAUGCAAUCAUUGUAUUGUCCCGUGUUUUACAUUUGAAUAUUUUUCAUGGUCAAGGAGUAUGCCAAUUUCUUUUAUUUGAAGGUUAAUACUUUCAUUAUAUCUUGACAAUGAAGGUGUAAGGUUGCAGUGUGAUUACAGUGAAACAAUCAUGUUUGGCCAUUUGCUGCACAGUUCAUUACAACACAGCAAGCUAUGCAUUCAUUACUUCCUGCUGAAAGUUACAAUUAAAACUUUUAUUUAACUUCAUGCUUAUGAUCAUUAAAUUCACCAUUCUGAUGUUCUCAAUUAUUUUUAACAAAUAUUGCUUCAUCUUUUGCACCAAAUAUAUUCAAACAUCUGAUUUGUUACUGGAUUAUUGAAGUGAAGUUUUAAUGCUGUGUCUGCACAGAAACUGUUUUAAAAAUGCAAAAUGGAGCUGGCACUGAAAAUUUGGAAUUAAAACUAAUCAUGUAGCAUCUGUGUAAAGAGAACUUGUUAAUGGUUGAUAAGAUUCUAUAUCCAGAAUUUCUGCUCACGGUACACACAUCUGUGCUGCUGGUGGCUGCAAUGGAUGCAGAGAGCCGAUAGGUUUGGCCCUGUGCAUCUUUAAAUUCAGUUAAUGGUUGAAAUUCUGGUAGAUAAGAUGCUCUGUCCAGAAUCACUGCCCUCAGUAGUCCACAAAUCUGUGCAGUUGGCUGGCUACGGUGGAUGCCCUCCGAGGAAUUGGAUAUCAGACAGUGUUGUGCAGAAGCCUCACCUUCAAAAUUCCCAGAGAACCUUACAAAGCUGGCUGCUUUGCUAAUUGAAAUAUCUAUUUUUUAAAAAUCUCUAAUAUUUAGAUAUGUGUAAAAGCUGUUCAAAUUGAAGAUAUUGAAACAUUGAAAAAAAGAAAACAAAUACAAGUAAUUUCAGAAACUAAAUCAAAGCAAAUAUUUUUUUUCACCUAGAGCUAUUUGGUCUCAGGUUCUGCACUGUUUGACUUUGUGAAGGAACAAGAAUAGAUGCAACACCAUCUGUCAUUUUGGCAAGUCAUGCACACAUGGAAAAUUUGCAGCCAAUCUCUCCUUCCACUGAGCAGGAGCUGUUGCAGUUAGAACUGCCAGCAUCGCAUUAAUACUUGCAGUGGAAAGCUAUGGAGGAAUCAUGACUGUCAACAGAUGUCAGAGUGGAUGGGUAAUCACAUCAUAAACAAAAGAAAAAAUGCAGAUGCCGGAAAUCCAAGCAACACAGGAACUCAGCAGGCUCCUCAUCUGUUUUUCUCCAGUCCUGCUGAAGUGUCUCAGCCCAAAACAUUGACUGUACUCUUUUCCAUAGAUGCCUGACCUAUUGAGUUACUCCAGCAUUUUGUGUGGGGAAUCUUAUCAGUCAGCUUGCAAUAGAAAUGACAAAUAAUGACUUUAUUGAGCUUUUUAAACUUUGUUUUUGUAAAAUAUGAAUCAACAAAGGAUAUCAGGGUGGGUGAUGGGGGAAUGUUGUAACAGUCUAAAACAAUUGGAAUACAAUCAAAAUCCUACCUUCCCAGCAAGUUGAAAUCUAUAGCUUUCCAAUACUGGCCUGAGCAAAACAGCACGUAAAGAUAAAGGGCAGGAAUCCACAAAACAGCAGGAACACAAUGUUAUGAUCAAGAAAAGUUUGGAUGGGUCCAUGGUUGGGAGAGGUACGGAGGGCUAUGGUCAAUGGGACUAGGCAGAUUAAUGGUUCGCCACAAACUAGAUGAGCCAAAGGGCUAUAGUAUUUUAUGAUUCUUUGUGAAGAUGGUGUGGACAUUUAACAACAUGUAAUUUUCUUAAAAUAAUCAAAGGCAAAUGAGUGUUAAUGAUCUAUUUUAGGAUACACAUCUUUGUUAGGUACAGUAUUGACAAAAUAAAUGACAUCAACAGAGCCUAGGAAAAUAUCUGCACUUUAUUCCGAAGUAUAAUGUUACACAUUUGUUUUUAUGACAAAAUGAAUCAGGUGCUAUCAUCAAGAUGUGCUCAGCUGUCAGUGACAUUAAAAUUAAUAAAAUAAUUUAAGUAUGCCAUACAGUUGAUUCCUACAGUAGUUGAUCGCUAAAUCAAAAUACAAAUGCACUUGCAAUAUAACUACAUUUGGCUGCCUUAAUUUUAGUAGUUUAUAUAAAUACUGUAUAAAUCUCUGGUUAACUAUAUACAAUGGAUGUUUUGAUGGACAGUUCUAGUUUGUACACGAGGUCAUGAAACAAGCACGGUGUCAAAGAUAUAAAAUUUAAGCAGUGCUGGAAAUGCUUGACAGUCAACCAGCAGAUGUGAAGAGUGAAAAGGCUGUUGUUUCUGGUUAAUCGUCAGGAGGAUAAUGUUUUUUGUUUUUUCAAAAAAGAGAAAAGAGGCGAGAAGGAAGAUGGCGAGGGAAGUUCUGUGAUGCAGUGAGGAAGGAGAGGAAAUAUAAAGUGCGCUUGAUAAAACAGAAAACAGAGGGUAAAAAAUGGAUCUGAAAGAGGUGAUCAUUAAAAUAGCAGUAUCAUUUUAAAUUGUUGAAUCUGGAAGUCUGUACUGUGGACUAAAGAAGAGGUGCUGACUUUCAAAUUUCCAUUGACCAUUCCUGGAGCAGUACAGGAUUCAAUAUUGGGAUGGGACAGGGAAUUGAAACCCAGAAGCUUGAAUAUAGGUAGUCUUCAAAUUCAUAAAUUUUCUCUUCAAUUUAGACGGGGCUAUGUAUGAGCAGUCAAUACAGUACACUAGAUUGAAAUAAAUAAAGUCACUUUCACCUGAACACGGGGAGGUAUGAUAGUUGGAAGGAGCGAGUGAAAGAGCAGACGUUUCAGAGGGUCGGGUGUUUAUGGUGAUUAAAGUGAAAAUGUAUUAAGGUUUAAGUUCCUCGGCAUCCACAUCACAACCUCACGUGGUCUGUACACACCAGCUGUAUGGUGGAAAAAGGCACAACAGCGCCUCUUUCACCUCAAACGGUUGAGGAAGUUUGGUAUGGGCCCCCAAAUCUGAAGGGCUUUCUACAGGGGCACAAAUGAGAGCAUCCUGACUGGCUGCAUCACUGGCUGGUAUGGGAACUGUACCUCCCUUAAUCGCAGGAUUCUGCAGAGUGUGGUGCGGACAGCCCAGUGCAUCUGUAGUUGUGAACUUCCCAUGAUUCAGGACAUUUACAAGGACAGGUGUGUAAAAAGGGCCCGUAGGUUCAUUGCGGAUCCGAGUCACCCCAACACAAUCUAUUCCAGCUGCUACCAUCCGGGAAACGGUAUCGCAACGUAAAAGCCAGGACCAACAGUCUCUGGGACAGCUUCAUCCACCAGCCCAUCAGACUGAUUAACGCACGCUGAUUUGAGUGUAUUUCUAUGUUACAUUGACUGUUCUAUUUAUUAUAAAUUACUAUAAUUGCACAUUUAGAUGGAGACAUAACAUUAAGAUUUUUACUCCUUGUAUGUGGUGGAUGUAAGAAAUAAAGUCAAUUAAAUUCAAUUCAAUAGAUUUUAGAUUUAAAUGGAGUAU